GUAGUGCGCAACGGACUUUCUUAGGGCUACUUGGGGUUUCGCUCUUGCCGCCGCGAACUGGUGGGCGACUGCGCCGUUCUUGCUUUUUUUCCGGCUCUCAUUGAUAAACUUCUUCUUCAAAAUUGUGAUCAAGGACUUCCUUUCGUGCAUUGUGCGAACAUCCAGAUGGCUAUCGGCGGUGCUUUAAGGAACACCCUUCGCCUGGUCUCUGCUCGAUGUCUCUGCUCGCUUCCGCUGUUGUCGCGCGGUAAAGGUUCUUGUUUUUCUUCUUUUCCAAUUACUUCCACCAGCGCACUUGCUCCGAGUUUUUUCAUCGGGAACCAACAGAGAUCGAACUUCCAAAAGGAGUUUUUUUCAACUUCGACGGGUGGGUCUACACCUUUUGGCAACAUGACUGAAACAAGAUUUCCAAAGAGGAGGCCAGGGACGAAGCCUCGAAAGAAAAGGGCAAGCCUUAGACCUCGAGGCCCUUAUGCUUGGGUACAAUAUGUGCCUGGAGAACCAAUUCCCAGAAGUAGACCAAAUGAAGGCAGUGUGCAGGGAAGGAACAGGAAGAAGCGCAUCAGGCAACGGAAGGCGUUUAUAUUGUCUGAAAAGAAGAAGCGCAAAGCUCAAUAUGCUGCAUUUAGGAAAAAGAGGGAUAUCGAGAGGAUUCAAAGGAAAAUGGCUGCAGUGGCCAGGGAGAAAGAUUGGGCUGAAAGGUUGAUAGAACUACAGAAUCUUGAGGAGAAGAAAAAGGCUGCUGCAACGGCUUGACGAAGAAUUGUGGGACUACUAUUCCUUACUGCAGAUUGCAGGUUGGGAAUUUCUCACCAUCUUCAUUGAGGGGCUGUUUACUCUCUUCUUAGUUAUAGAGAUGUUUCUUUAGAUCUGGCUGUGGAUACCUUUGAAUCCCAAUUCAAUGGAUAGAUCUCUGUUAUCCAUAUUAAGAUCUACUAUGCACUUGAUAUAAGAAAUCAGAACUUUGUCGUGAAGUUGUUUUGAUUCUGAACAGAUUGUUCAUGCAAAAUUCUUCUUUUGAAGGAAUAAAAGUGGGAGAAACUACAACUUCAUCAUCA